UUUUUGGAAAUACCCUAGUUAGGUAGAUAAGAUAACAAUAUUGAACAGUGCACACAUCAUUAAUGGCAGCAAGUGCAUAGUUACUGUGGAUCUUUCCAGCCCCAUCAUUCUGAGCACGGUCCAGUGCACAUGACCAGCGUCCAAGGUGCACUGUCCAAGCUGUUUGAUGGCCUUAUGUGACUCCAGUCUUGACUGUCUAAAACAGCGUGGUGGUUUCUUUUCCGCCCAUGACAUUCACUGUCUGUCAGUUCUUGUCCCCCCAAAACCCAAAACCUAUCGCACCGUUCCCAAGUGCUGCUAUGAGGCACCACCUUUCACAUCACACAUUCAUAGGGAACAGAUAAACUGAAGGACAGGCUUCAUCUCUUUUCUUUCCCUUAUUUCUCUGCUUUUUUCUUUCCUCCCCCCUUUUCUCUCUCCUCAUUUCAAUUUCCAAAAAGAAGCAUUAACCUCGCAAACGCUAUGACGCGACCAGUUGUCUACAUCGUCGCUUUUAGCGUCUUUGUCUGUACGACAAUUAUGACAAUUGUCUCUAUCUUGACGCCGCACUGGAUUUCUUACUCGGUUACGGCUGACACUGGCUCCACUUUCACCAAAUAUAUCGGACUGCACAAGAGCUGCUCUUCGGUCGACGACCCCUCGUGUCGACCCUUCCCCAACGACGAUGACUGCCACGAUGACCAGUUCUUCUGCUCCAUGUGGCGAAGUAGCGGCUUCCUAAUUUCCUUCGCCACCAUCGUUGAGCUUGCUACCCUCAUCACCUUCUUCGUCGUCAUGGCCGGCGGCAAGUAUAAGCGUGAGACUGGUUGGAAGCUAAUCAGCUGCUUCCUGAUCGCUGACGCCAUAGUCGAGUUCGCAAGCAUGGGCAUUGUGGCCUAUCUCUUCGAUAACGAUUCCCAAUUCGUCAUCCCCGGCUGGUCCCUGGAUUGGUCUUGGGUCCUAUGCACCGUUAGCGCGAGCGUCUCCGUCUUGAUAGCAGCAAGCCUAGCCGCAUCCGCCUGGCUGCUCCCGCCGGAGGAUGAUUACGAAUACCUCGAAGACCCUCUCGAUGCCUAGUAAAGGAGCUCAUGGGAUAGCCUUUAGAGCUAUGAAAUUGUCGGGUCUCGUCAAGGACUACCAUUUAGGUUGCUCCUGCUACGGUUGUCAACCAGAAUACGAAUUACUCACCCCCUUUUUUUUACGGAAAGGUCUUAGGAAGCAGAAGUCUCGGGCAUGCAGUAUAUAGGGCAUGUGGCGUUUUUGAACGGUUUCAUUUUUCUUACUCAUAUUGAAAUGCAUGGCUAUCGUCUGUUUUGCAUUUGAUAUGCCGAAGAGGGGUUAUCAAGAACAUGCAGGUAUCCAUGAAUGUAGGUGGUGGUGGCAUGGUCAUCAGUUAUAAUCACGAAAGAGUACAAUUUGGCUUGUGUCCAAGUUUGCUAUAAACUCAACUAAAAUCUGACACGGUCUCGGGGGAGUUUGGGUAUCUUUUACAAACUACCUAUAUGUUGUAGUCCAGUUCAUACAGCAUAUCCAUUAUUAAUUAACAUGAACGUAUACGUGC